UCAAUGAAAAGUAAGUGAAGAGCACUUUCCCUUCCCGGAAAAAGAGCUGAGAAAAGUUUUUUUCCGACCAUGGAGAAUGAAGCCACAUAAGAAUCUGAACAUGGGUGACCUGGCUGGUAAAUCAAUAUAUACAAGGGAAGCCAAUUCAAAAUAAGAGAUUCUAUUUAAAAGGCAACCGCCAUCAACAGAAACAGCAGCUACAACAACAACAAUUGCAACAAUUAAUCAAGUUGUUAAUGGAAGAGAUGAGAUUGUUACUGCUACUCCUCGUUUACAUUCUGUUUCUCACAUCGUCUUCUCCUUUUCACAAAGCUAUGGUUCCAGCUCAUACGCAGGAACACACCAUUAUUGGACAGGAAUGGGUAAAUGAGAAAAUGUCAACUAGGGAAGGGAAUGCACGCUAUUUACUAGUAAAUGGCGGUGGGGAUGAUGGAAAGUCAUCAUCGGGCACCGGUGGAAAUGGAGGUCAGGGAGUCAAUCCAUUAUAUGGGGCAGCCGGUGCUGCGGCGGCAACCAACAAUCGCCACGGCAACGACAACAAAGACCGUCACAAUCGAAACGGUGGUACAAGCAAGGGAAACUACUUAGGCCUCAUAACGUUGGGAGCUGCUGCACUCGCUCUAUUUUAAUUUUUACACUUACAAGGUGGUGGUAGGAUGUAAAAAAUAAAAACCUCCUGCUGUAUCCUGCAUCAUCAGCAACAGGAAAAAGAUGGACUAUUCCAAUUUCACUGUGUCUGUAAUGGAGUCUUCUCUGUCUCUGAUUGCUUGGAGUUCAUCGUGCUUCCAGAAAUUUGUGAUUUACUGAUUUGACAACCUCACCGAAUUAACGUAUCAGCUUUCAGCAUAUAGUUCACUCCAUUUGCAUGUUGGGUCCCACUAUCAGGCCCAGGCAGCCAGACUCUCCGCCCGUCUUGAUCUUUCAACCCAAUUUCCAAAACCCGGUUCAGAGAAGACCCACAGGUGCUUCUAGUAUGGGUUCUGAGUCUGGACUCUGGAGAUGAUCUGUGGUCGUUCCACAGAAAGAAAAGUGGGACCCAAUUAAAAUUGGGAUUCACUUUAUAUAUAUACGAGGAAACUUCGAAUAAGAUGACCAACAUAGCAUUUCGAAGCAAAGUAUAUCUUUCAUCAGUUGAAAUAGAUUCAAGACCCCUCAACACACACACACACGAGAGAGAGAGAGAGAGGUUUGUAUAUGUAAGCCAAACUACAACAACUCCAUAGAAACAGACGUUUAGAUGCAUCGAGGAAUGGGAAAGAAACCAAAACCAUGGCUACUGACGAUGCUCUUCUUCUACCUAAUUCUUUGUCUGCCAUCACUUUCUCCUUUGGACAAAACCUUGGUUUCAGCGUAUGUGCAGGAUCACGUCGAAGGAGAACAAGGGAUAAAUGAGAGAGUGUCAACUAGGGAAGGAGAUGCAUCCUUUGUGUUAGUGAGCAGGCGAGGCGGUGGUGGCGGUGGCCAUGGCGGCGGCGGUGGUCAUGCAGCAGCGAGGGGUGGAGGGGGCGCUGCCCACGGUGGCGGAUCAUCUGCAACAAAAAUUCCGUUAAUAGCAGCAGCUGGGGCUGCAGCAGGUAUUGCAGCGGCCAGCAGUCAGCGCCACAAUGGAAACAACCGCGGCCGCCAUUCUAAUGCUGCUACCAGCAACAGAAGCUAUUCUGGGCUUACAACUUUGGCCGCUGCCUUCUUCACCUCCAUUGUUAUGCAUCUGCAAGGGUUUCGGCCGUAAGAUACUCGUAUAUGAAUUAACUAUGUACAGAGUGGCUGKUUUAAUUUGUAAUUUGUUUAUUCGUUUUCCUGGCUUGUGAAUUAGGUGUUUUGUAAGCUUAUAGCCUGUUUUGAAUCUCAAUCUGAUCGUUUGCUUCCUCUUUUCCAAGAAAAUUAUUUGUAAUUUCACAUGCUUUAUUGCCAGCAGAUCAAAUGCGUAGCACUACUUAAAA